CGCCUCCUCGCCCGGCGCUUGCCGCGGCGCGCCCGAUGCCCGUGGGCGCGGCGGCGCGCCGGGCGCGGCGCCGCGGCGCCUUCGCGCGGGAAGAGCGGCGGGCCAGCGGAGCAGGACGCUGGUAGCUGGCCGCCAGCGGCAGAUGCCCCUGGGCUCGUCCAAGAGCUGCAGCAGCCUGCACGGGCCGUCCCUGGAGCCCGACGCCUUGGCCGCACCCGGCGAUGAUCCAGGCCGCGAGCUCAGCGACGACGAGGCCCAGCUGGUCUGCGUCCGGGCCCACAGCGGAGCCCACUCCGUCCGGGUGGUGUUCUACACUAGCGAGGGUGAGCGUGCUUUCAUUUUGGACUCCAUCGAGGCGAUGAUGUGGAUGUCCGACACGCAUCAAGCUUUGGUCAGGUGGACUCGAAGCUUCGAGGACACGGGGCUGCGGCCAGGCAUGUACCCCUUCAGUUUUUUUGUCGAUGGUGCUCGUCUGCUUUCUCGAGAGCACCCCGUGUAUGGAGACACGAAUUUCGGAGGGCGUGGCGGAGGAAGGGCAGGAGGACCGCAGAGGGAGGAGAAGCGUGGAGCAUUUGAUCUUCGAUGUGGCCCGCGGAGUGUUCCAGAACCUAGCUGUGGAUUGUUUGUCCAGCAGCUGCGCCUCGCUGGCAGCUUUCAGCCGCCGUUGCUCUCGUGCACGUCUGCCUGACGUGGCCAGAGGUGACGCCAAAAAGCAGCUGACGCCAGAGGCAUCGCGGCUGUCCCGUGAGGCACCAGCUUACGGGCAGGCGUUCGGUCUUUUGCCCAUCCCGUGGAGUGGUGAAGCUGGGGAAGGCAGAGGCACAACGAGCGGGCCAUUUGAAAGCACGGCGUGCGCUAUCGGUCCAGAUGUCGCAAAUCGAGUUGCGGAUCAUUGUUUCACGUCCCCGUUGUGCAAAAGAUGGCAUCAUCGCCGUGUGUUGACCAGACUAACCUUGAGCUCCUAGGUCUUUGUGCCCUCCUGUGCUUGGUGACUGCACAAGGGGCCUAGUCAUUGCAGAAAUACUGGGGGACCUGGACUGGAUGUUAUAGCGUAACCAUUACCUGAGAGGCAGAUCUGCUCAGACGGCCCUCGCUGGAUAUUAAUCCCCAGGGUGUCUCGCCAGCAUGAUCGGAUUCUAGCCAGCAUGUGAGUGCAGGCCGUGACUUCGAGCACCUAGGAGAUAGGCCCUGACCAUUGAAGCAGGCUCAAGGCAUCGAGCGCUAGGAACCAUUAGAGGUGAAAGCUUUGACCAAGGCUUCCAUAUGCGUGGAGGACCACCCUUCGGGUGGCAAGGAGGUUAGAGGGGAUGUGUGCAGCUUUAGCUUGCGACUAUCGUCGGAUCGGAUUCACGAUUUAUCCACAUGCCGAUAGUGAUGUUCCCUCUCUAUCGGCCCAUGCUCUAUCGGC